GUUGCGUCGCGUCGCUCUUAGUGCAGACACGGGGCUGUCGCUCUCUUAUGGCACCGGAGCGCUUCACACAAACUGCCCAGAGGGUUGGACUCCGCGACACUGCUGCACGUCUCUCACUGUCGUCUAAGUAGUGAAAGUCAUUGGGUCUUAUCUGCGUUUGUUACCGGUUGAGUUCAUGUAGAAAGCUGUGCUCUUACGGACUAUUCCCACGUUGCGGACUGUAGAGAUCUUGGGAUUACUACACGUCACAUAUUUCACAGAACUCACGGACUCUGCGCUUCUCCUCACCUACAUGUUCAGGAGGAAUAUCGUGGCACUUUAUUUAAGAAAGAAAGUUGGACAAGUUUGGAACGACACAAGGAUUUCCUUGGCAGAUGCUCAGUGUCCUAUGCUCCUGCCCCAGCAGUACUGAGCAGAGUCCCGUGGACGCCCAUGGCUCCCCCCGUGGAGCGAACGCCCCUGGCCCACUGCCUCAUCCUGGUGCACAGCCUGCUGCUGCUGUUGCCCAGAGGAGUGCCUUGCCGGGGGGCCACACGGGCCCCGGAGUCCCCCUGCCAUAGAGCUGAACACCCGCUCAUCUCUCACACAGAAAUCGAGCCUUGGAUCCAUCGAUUCAGAGCUGAGGGCACCGUCGAUUAUUCACAGCUGACCUUUGACCCCGGCCAGAACGAACUAAUCGUGGGCGCAAGAAAUCAUCUCUUCAGGCUACAUUUAGAGGAUCUUUCAUUGAUCCAGGAGGCAGAAUGGCAUUGUGAUGAGUUUACAAAAGGAGCCUGUUUCAGUCGAGGCAAAUCAGAGGAGGAGUGCCAGAAUUACAUCCGUGUUCUACUCAUCAACGGCGACAGGCUGUUUACAUGUGGAACAAAUGCGUUCACUCCAAUUUGCACCAAUCGCACGCUGACUAACCUGACCGAGGUCCAUGAUCAAAUCAGUGGGAUGGCACGGUGCCCCUAUAACCCUCUGCAUAAUUCUACUGCGCUCAUCACUUCCAGCGGGGAGCUGUAUGCUGCCACGGCUAUGGACUUUUCCGGCAGGGACCCGGCAAUCUACCGCAGCCUGGGAGGACUUCCCCCUCUGCGUACUGCUCAAUACAACUCCAAAUGGCUCAAUGAGCCCAACUUCGUUUCCUCCUAUGACAUUGGCAACUUCACCUACUUCUUCUUCCGUGAGAAUGCCGUGGAGCAUGACUGCGGCAGGACGGUGUUCUCUCGUGCCGCCCGUGUCUGCAAGAAUGACAUCGGGGGCCGUUUUCUGCUGGAAGACACCUGGACCACCUUUAUGAAGGCCAGGCUUAAUUGCUCAAGGCCGGGCGAGAUCCCAUUCAACUACAACGAGCUGCAGGGAACCUUUUUCCUGCCUGAACUCGAGCUUCUCUAUGGGAUUUUCACCACUAAUGUCAACAGCAUUGCCGCAUCAGCAGUGUGCACCUUCAAUCUGAGCGCUAUUACCCAAGUGUUCACUGGGCCUUUCAAGUACCAGGAGAGCUCCCGCUCCGCUUGGCUGCCCUACCCCAAUCCCAACCCUGACUUUCAGUGUGGCACUAUAGAUUACGGAUCCUAUGUGAACUUGACAGAGAGGAAUUUGCAGGAUGCCCAGAAGUUCAUUCUGAUGCACGAGGUGGUGCAGCCCGUCGUUCCUGUGCCAUACUUCAUGGAGGACAAUGUGCGCUUCUCCCAUGUGGCUGUGGAUGUAGUUCAGGGCAAAGACAUGCUCUAUCACAUCAUUUAUCUAGCAACAGAUUACGGCACUAUUAAGAAGGUGCUCUCUCCGCUGAACCAGACCAUGGGUAGUUGUUUGCUGGAUGAGAUUGAACUUUUCCCCCCAAAGAAGAGGCAGCCAGUCCGCAGCCUGCUUAUACUUCACAGUCGCAGUGAGCUAUUUGUGGGAGUCAGAGAUCAGGUCAUCAAAAUCCCCCUGAUGCGCUGCAACUUCCACAAGUCUAGAGAUGCCUGUGUGGGGGCCAGAGAUCCAUACUGCGGCUGGGAUCUGGUGCUCAAGAAAUGCACCACCCUGGAAGAAAGCGUCAGCAUGAGCCAAUGGGAACAAAGCAUCACACGGUGUCCUGUGAGGAAUGUGACCGUGGAUGGUCAUUUUGGAGCCUGGUCAGGAUGGAAAGCUUGCAGUCAUAGUGAUGGCGGCAGUGUUGGUUCAUGCCAGUGUCGGACUCGAGCGUGUGACAGUCCGAGCCCUCAGUGUGGAGGGCAGCCAUGCCAAGGAAUCAGUGUUGAGGUGGCCAACUGUUCCAGAAACGGGGCAUGGACACCAUGGACGGCAUGGGCUCCUUGCAGCACCAGCUGCGGGAUUGGAUUCCAGGUCCGGCAGCGUUCCUGCAGCAACCCCACUCCCCGCCAUGGAGGACGUGUUUGUGUGGGCCAGAACCGUGAAGAGAGAUACUGCAAUGAGCACCUACCCUGCCCCCCACAUGUCUAUUGGUCAGCAUGGUCUCCAUGGGAACGCUGCACAGUUCCAUGCGGCGGUGGGAUCCAGUCGCGACGACGAACGUGUGAGAAUGGAAACGAAUGCCCGGGAUGCAGUGUUGAAUUCCAGUCUUGUAAUACCCUCCCUUGCCCGGAUCUGAAGAAGACCACUCCCUGGACCCCAUGGACGCCGGUGAAUAUCUCAGAUAAUGGCGGCCACUAUGAGCAGCGGUUCAGAUACACCUGUAAGGCAAGAGUAACGGAGCCCAGUCUGCUGGAAGUAGGGAGACAGCGGAUUGAGAUGAGGUACUGCUCCAGCGACGGCUCCACGGGCUGCUCCACAGAUGGAGACUUGCUGCGUUUGGGACGGAUCACUGGAUUGACCGUAAAUGGAGGCUGGUCUGUCUGGGGCCCUUGGAGCCAAUGUAGUCAGGACUGUAGCUCAGGUGUCCGAAACCGCAAACGCACCUGCUCCAACCCCAAACCCAAAUAUGGAGGAAUCACCUGCCUCGGUCCUGCCCAAGAGUUCCAGGAGUGCAAUACUACACCAUGUCCAGUGGAUGGGAGCUGGUCGUGCUGGUCGCCUUGGUCUAAAUGCUCAGUGACAUGUGGAGGAGGCCACUACAUGCGCACACGCACCUGUAACAACCCUCCACCUGCCUACGGAGGUGACAUCUGCCUGGGUUUGCAUACUGAAGAGGCCCUCUGCAACAUCCAACCCUGCCCUGAGAGCUGGUCUGAUUGGUCUGAAUGGUCCCCCUGUGACUCAUCAGGGUCUCAGGUUCGCCUGCGUCACUGUGCCGUCCUGUUUCCCACCGGCAACCAGUGCUCGGGCAACAGCAGUGAAACUCGUGCCUGCCUGCCCAUCUCUAACUUCAUCCCAGAAACGUCUGUUGCACGUUCAAGUCAGGAGGAAAGAUGGUGUGGAGACUUCAAUGUGUUCCACAUGAUCGCCGUGGGCCUGAGCAGCUCCAUACUCGGCUGUCUGGUGACCCUUCUGGUGUACACUUACUGUCAGAGAUACCAGCAGCAGUCCCAUGAUGCCACGGUCAUCCACCCCAUCUCCGCCGCCCCACUCAACACCAGCAUCACCAACCACAUCAACAAACUGGACAAGUACGACUCAGUUGAAGCCAUUAAGGCUUUCAAUAAGAAUAACUUGAUCCUGGAGGAAAGAAAUAAGUAUUUCAACCCUCAGCUUGCAGGAAAAACAUAUACCAAUGCAUACUUCACUGACGUCAACACUUAUGACGACUUUUAAAAAUGGAUCUGUUAUUCCAGUCUUCAUCACAUUAACUUCAGCACCUAGUGAUUUUCAUUUUUGCCUCUUUUUCUCUGAUUUCACGUGGGACUGUUUAAUGCCGCACAGAACCGUUUUCACAGUUAACAAGGACAUCAUGCUCCCCAGUUGUGCGGACGUCUUUAAAUGAAAUUGAACUGUGGUGGACAAAUAAAGCAGGCGAUUUAAUUCAACCAAGAUGCCAAUAAACUCUCGCCGUAGAGAUGGCACAUGGACACUUUGCAUGAUUCCCAUCUAAUGUGUUUUCCUUUAUUGUUGCUUCAUUUAUUUGCAUGGUUGGUCGCAUUCCAGUGUUUGUGGGCGGUGCCUGUGUCCUAAAUGGGUGGAGCCUUUUUGGACUGCUUUGUUUCCUGUGCCGAAUCAGAAGCCCCUGUGCCUCACUGAGGACCUACAGUGGUCUCCAGUGCAUCUGCCUGCCCUAUCACAGGGUUUACCACAACAGAUAUACAGAAUCCAUAUGUAGAUACCACGGUCUCCGAAAAAUGUGUUAAUGUAUCUUUCAAUAUGGGCCUCUUGUUAGUCGAGCUCUUAACAGUGGGAAUCUCAGUGUUUUUGUUGUAAAAUACACUUUUCAUGAUGCAUAUGUCAAUGUAGCUUUUAUAGAGGAGUCUAUUCAGAAAAAAAAAUGUUAGUUUGUUUCAAAGUAACCCUGUUCAGUCACCAAAACAAGAAUUGUCAUAUUAACAUUCGUCUUUAUGUGGUGUAAGGUCUGCAAAAAAGAGAAUGUGAAACGCUACAUGACCUUUUUAUGUAAAACAUUGAUCAUUUGAAUAUUAUCGACAUGUUUCUAUUUGUUCAGAUGUUUAAUAGUUCGAGAUUUCAUGAGAAAACAAGUAUUAUCUGUAAGAACAAACUGCUUUUUAGCCCCCCCAAAAAAAACUUAUUUUCAGCUUUUAUUUUCUUUAUUUGAAUACAUUUACUUAUAAACUUAACCAUCCAUCCAUUAUGGAGUGGUGCUUGGGAAUCCACUUUUUUCAAUUUUUACUAAUUCUUUUCUACUUGUAAAACUUUGUUUGCUUGUUUUGUGCAUAAAUUAAAAUUGCUUCAUAUA